UCAUGAAUUCUUUUUUCAGGCAAAGAUGCUUCAACAAAUCCUUCGGGAUAUGUACGUGGAUCCCGAGAUCUUGGCAGAGCUGGACGAGGACUACAAGCAGAAGCUUUUCUGCAAGAUGCGAGAAGAACAAGUCAGAAGAUGGAAGGUUUGGACGGAUAAAUUGGGCGAUCAGCCUACAGUCAAGGCGCGGAACAAGAAAAAGGUGGACUUUUUGAAAGGUUCCGACGGCGAACCUUGGGUUUGGGUGAUGGGAGAACAUCCCAACGACAAAUCAAUCGACGACAUAAUACGAGAAGAGGCCCUGUUGAAGGCCAGGAAGCUGGCCGAGAAAGAGGUCGAGGCAGAGCUCUCCCAAUAUUUAACUCCCAAAAUAGAGGACUUCCAGAUAACCCCCACCCCCAAGUUCGUCAUAGAAGAUGACUCGGACAUUUACUGCUCGGUCGACGAGAUCAGGGAGAAGAUCAACAACAAGAAGAGCGGUAACAUCUUGACGAAUUACUCGAUAAAUAACUACAAGGACAAGAACAGAUUCAACAUAUUGAACGCGGACGCUUUUCAAGACUUGGGCGGCAAGAACGCCACCCAGAAAGUGUCGCAGAAGGUGGCGUUGUGGGAGAAAAGACUGACCGAGGAGAGGACCUGUCAAAUAUUGAAGAAUAUGCAGAAGAAGAGGCAGGAGAUCGCUGCGCAGGCCGCGGAGGAUGAGAAGAGGCACGAGGAAGCUUGGAGAGAACAAGAAAGAAAAGCCAAAGAAGCCGAACAACAGAAGAGAGAGAUAGCGAGAAGGGCGAGAGAAGAACACAGACUAUCGGCGAACAUAGAGAUAGACACGACGUACAGCACGGUCAACCAGGGGGUUCCCCCGGGCAGACAGGCUGUUCUGGAAUGGUUCAGGACCAGGGAUAGGAGCCGAUCGGGCGUCUGUGAUAAGAACGGUAACUUCUCGACGUGGUUCCACGGUCUUAUAACCAGGGGAGAGGCGGAGAAGCUUCUGUUGGAUCAGAGAUACGGUUCUUUCUUGGUUAGGUUGUCGGAGAAGAUAUGGGGUUACGCCAUCUCGUAUAGGGCGGAGGAAAAGUGCAAACACUAUCUCAUCAACGCCGGUCCUAAGUAUAGUUUCACCGGUACCAACCAAAUGGAGCAUAUGACUUUAAGUGAUCUGGUGAACUACCACAAAACCCACCCCCUAUCGAUAUCAGGGGGCGAAACCCUGAACCACUCCUGCCCCAGACUGUCCGAUACUGCCAUAAAGGAACUAGAGUGAAACGGAGGAAGACUUCUAGUUCUUAUCUCUUAUCGAACUUAUGGACUUCUGUGAUCCUUGCUGGCAUUUUAUCGCAAACCAUAUAAAUACGAUUGAUGAUGAUAAUUAAUCUACUCCUAUUUCCUAAGUUUUAUUAUUCGAUAUUAUUAUAAGUCAAUACAGUUUAUCUUAUCGAUAAAAUUUCUUCUAGGUCGUAAUUUUAUACCAGAUGUGAGAGAAUGAAGAUUUUUCAAUGACA